AUGGAGCCGUCGGCGACUGUUCACAGGGGGCCCCCCCCAGAGGGGCCCUCGCCGCCUCCUCCCCUCGACUUGGAGUGCGAGUAUCUGUUGGUUCCGCAGCUGCAUUUUCCCGGGUUUGUGGCGCCGUUUAUUCUUGGGGAGACAGCCGAGCAGCACGUUCGAUUGCUGGAAUUUCUGAAGGAUCCCGAGGCUUUGCGAGCUGACACUGGCUGCCUCGUCUUCGCCUUGCAGCUGGCGCGAACGCUCGAGAGCACGGCAGCCAUCGAGGCGCUCUCCAUUCAAGACCACUUGGCGAUCCUUGUAGGCUGGAAACGCGUCCUUAUGGGCUCUUGGGAAGAGACUGACGAGGAUUGCGACGAGGAGAAGGCAGCCUUUGGAGGAAUUAGCGCUUCUCUUGCCGCCCGCCUCUGUGAGACUUUCGCCUCGGCGCUCGACGUGUUCAACACACGCUUUGUUUCGCCGUACUAUUUGAAACCCUCCUGCCGCUCCUCCUUCCUGCAGCUGCACAAAGCAUGCUCCGGCAGCACGAGCAGCAGCUGCGCUGCGACUGCUGCGGCGGCAGCAGCCUCCGCCUUCGCGGCGACCUCUGCAGCGCACGAAGAUGCGGUACUUCUGCUGCAGCGACUGCGCGAGGGGCUUUGGCAGUGGCUUCUGUUGAGGCUUUUGGAGCGAUAUAAUCGAGGCUUCCGAGCCACGGUAGGCACAGGAUCAGCGAAGAGGAGAACGCUGGUAGCGGCGCUCGUGCGACUCGCCGAUGCAGCGCGCUUCCUGUGCGAGGACGAGCAGCAGACCUCUCUUGCAGCAGCCGCUGCUGCAGCGCGAGCAGCGCCGCUGGCAGGAGGCGAUCUCCCCGCUGCCCUGUGCUCGCUCAUGGGGGCGCUUGACAGUCGGAAGACUUCCGUCUCGCUGCGAGCGCGCCUGCUGCUGCUCUUCGCCUCUGGAUCCGCCUGUCACUGGCUAGUCAGAGAAGGGCUUCUGUUUCGCUGGUGGCGCUGUCUGGAGGGCGCCUCGCAGACAGCGUGGGAUACAGUCUUCCUGAGUCUCCUUAGGAGGGGUUGCAAGUAUGGGUGGGGAGUUGGAAGACCCCUCUGCUGUCUCCUUAGGCCUCUUUUGCCCUUCCUUCUGCAAGUCGCUUCGCGGCUCUUCGUCGUCAACGGAAAAAACACUGCAGCCGCGCAGCAGCUCAGAGGAUCUGCAGGAUCCAUUCCAGGAGAGCUGUCUCCUCUGCUGCACAAACGGCUCGAAGCACCCAGGAUCCUCGCCAAAGUCGUUGCCCUCCUCCUGGAGCCUCGCGACAGAAGCAGCCUUCCCACAGCCCCCUCCCGUUCAGAGGAACAAACGUCGCCGCGCAUCCUUACAGCUUUCGAGCUGCUCGAAGUGUUAGUCAAAACUGUCGGACCGUGGGUACACCCCCAGACAGAAGCGCACAGAGGCUCGGGAAACAUCGGAAGCUUUCUCACAGGCUUCGUCUCUGCGUAUCUUCGAAGGGUGCAGCGGGAGAGACUCGGCGAUGCCAUCACAAGCGCUGGAUGCGGCAGGCAUCUCCGCGGCUGCUGUCUACUGCAGCAACAGGAGCAACAGCAGCAACAGCAGCAACAGCAGCAACAGCAGCAACGGCAGCAACAGGAGCGACAGCAGCAACAGCAGCAACAGCAGCAAAUUUGGUGUUGCUGCAAUGCGGGAUUUGGAGAGACACGCAGCAACAGACUCACGCGAGAGGAUGAUGCAAAGAUUGUAGAACUCUUCUUGCCCGUAGUAUUGGAGUUUGCGCCGUCGAUGCUUCCUUCGCUCUUAGAGAUUACGCUACAGGGAAUUGAUCCUGCAGAUCCUUUGAAGACUUUUGUGACACUAUCUUUCCAUUCUGUAGUCUUCAGUUAUAUUCCUCUGAUUGAUUGCAGCAGCGUUCCUUCAGCCUUAUCCGACACGCAACUUCAAACAGCUGCUCCUGUUGCUCCUGCUGCUGCUGUCUUUCCUGCAGAAGCCUCUGCUGCUGAAACAACCCCCCACAGCAGCAGCAAAUCACCACCUCCCCCCCCCAACCCUUGCAACACUUUGCUCCCUGCAGCAGCUGCUGCACUGGGAGGCUCUCGGGUGGUGGCUAGUGUUGCUGCUACCGAUGUUUCGGAAGAGGGCACAGCCUCCGAGAAUAUCCCUGGCAAAUCGCUACUGCACGACAAGCACAGGAAAACACGAGUGCCUUCCACGCCGAACUCUUCGCUACCAUGGGAUUUUCGCAUGCUUCGUGAUAUGACGUUUGCGAGAGAAAUCAUCGAACAGCGAAGCUCCGCCUCCUCGCUUCUUCCAGAGUGGAGCCUCGGAUGGCUUCGGAAAAUCCUUAGCCUUGUGCAAGUUGCCUCAAAACCAGAUGUAAGGCAGAGCGAAAAACUGGAGUGGGGUGAUAAGGGGGGUGGGGUGGUUAGUGGGGAGAGAAGGGCAGGGAAGGGUUGUAAGAACAAGGAAAAAAACCACGUCAACACGUGGGCAACUUCCUGCCAAAGAAUGGCUGAAAGGAGGGGGUGCUGCUUGCUUUAUCCACCUGUUGCCUGUCUCUAG